AUGGGAGUCAAGAAGGGCCCAAAAAACCAGAACCCGGAAGAAUCUCUGACUAAAGCUGUAUCAGAGCGUUCUGGAGACGAGGAGCUCGCGAAGUAUCAAGGGCUUUUCUACUCCGCAUAUUGGCCGCCCAUAUCCUUCCGGUCCUCUAAAAAAUGGGGGAAAACGCCUUAUUUACUUCCGGCGACGCCCGAAACUACAAAGUCAAGUUUCUGCGCCUCUGCGAUAGCCGUCACAUAUACAUCUGAUGCGAAUGCGAAGAUGUUUGUCAAAGAAUAUUUGAUUCUUUGCGACCCAUACUUUGCUAGGAAGAGUCUUGCCUGGGCCCGCGGCCACAUUAGAGACGUCAAAUCCCUAGAUGAUCUUCCUGUUAGAGCUGGAAUUCUACUUAUAGAUACCGAAGGUGUGUUGACCCUGAUGAGUUUUCUUUCCUGA